CUAUCAAUUCCUCCAUCAUCUCACUAGGAUUGAUUUCAUACAUACCUUAUCUAGAUACCUACCUGAUAUUCAGUGGUCAAAGACCGCCCGGGGGCAAGCUCAUCGAAGUUUACCAAUUUAGUGCUUAAGUUUUGCUACAUCCAACUGGAAUCCUUGACCACUCAACCCUUUGUUACGACAUCCUCGAGUUGCUGGAGUGCGUGGCCAUCCUCGCCAGCGACUCUGCAUAUCUUUUAAAUCAACUUCUAUUCCACAAAACUUGCCCUGUCAAAGAACCAUACACACAGGAAUCCAUUCUGCGGUUUCAGGCUCUAGACCCUAGACGACCCCAUCUUCUGCCUGUCCACAUCUAAUCACUCUCCAACCCUCCGACACGAGGUCAAUUACUCUUGAACAUCGACAAUAUCUUGUUGCUGUGUGUGCUUCGGCCUGCCCAUGCCAAAAUCUCCACGAGCUAAGUAGACAAAAAGCACCUCGACCACCAACCAUCAACCACCAUCAGCUUCUUGUUAGCUAACACACGGUGGUGCAACUGGAACUGUCCACUGUCUAGACCACAGUACAUGCCCCUCUCUCCUGAGGCCUGUUAUUUCUUAGUCAAGUCACAUUCAAGGCUUUUUAUGCCCACCCGAAUUGAGAGAUUAUUGCUAUUACUGCGCCAUCCAUUCAACACCCACUCAUCGUUGGCCCAAUAGUCAUUGGCUAGCCACUCUCCCCUCGACCCCCCGUCGCUUCAAGGUCUCAGAGAUCUUCACAACCGAGAACAUCGUCCCCUUUCCCCCACCGCACACUCUUGUGCCUCUUUGCCUCUUUACCUCGCCUCUCACACACACCUUUACCCGCCAUCCCAUCGUCAUCGUCGCAGGUCGAUGAAACACUCCUCCAUCCAACGUGCAGUUCUCAGCCGGAGCCGCUUCUUCCUUCCUCAUCGGCACGCCCACCACACUCAUUCACCAUUUUAAUCUUCUCCUCUCCACCGUUUUUCCCGCCGCCGUCCCACCGUCCUUCUGUCCUUGGCCUGAUCGGCCCCGACCCAACCGCCAGGAGAAGGGGGUCUGUCCAGUUCAACCGUGUUCCUUCGUUUGAUCAAGAGACGUCCCGAGCGCUUCUCGCCCACCUGAGGCUCUGCUAUUUCUUGCAGCCGCCCACUUAUACCCCGAGCUACAAUGACCAGGCUCAUCCACAUUGCCAUAUCACGCAGCCGGUUCGCUGUUAGUUCUUUCUCGCACCACAACUAACGGCUGUUCCCUUGCCUAUCAGCUCUCAGAAUUAUUCUGUUAUGCUGUCUCUGCCAGGAUUCCCACCUACGCCACCUAGAACCUCAAUUUUCUUGACCCUCAUCCCUCUACUCGCGGCCGUAUUUCCAUGUCCGCGACUCACUCUGUUACCGAUUCUCCUGCCGUCCUGACCCAAUCCGACAUCGUCUUCAUAAGACAGCAAGCACAGGCCGCCACCCAGCAAAGCCACAGUGGCACUGCUCCUGAGCGCGGCCGCGGCCCCACCCGAAUUCCCCAUCAUUCUACCAGUUCCCGCGCCGCCAGUGCAGCCAGCAGUCGGAGUGUCUCUGGUCGCAUUCUCCUCGAUGACAAUAGCUUGACCAGCCUCGGAGUCCAUUUGGACAUUAUCAUGUCCAGCAUUAAUGGCCGCAUAAACGAGCUGACAGAUGCAAUCGAACAGUCCAUCGAGAGAACUCGCAAUCAGACCAACCGUACCAUAUACCAGGCCGAUGCCGAAUUGGAGCGAUGUAGGACACUCCUGGCCCAGAUGAAACGACUGGAAAGUGACCAAAAGGAGGUCUUGAGAAUCCGGGAUAGAGUAACCGCGCUGAGAAGGGCCGCCGAAGCUUUGGACGGAAGACUUGACCGAAGCCGGCACAGUGGUCACAGCUCUGCCGCUCGUUCGCACCGCUGAAGUCCAGUCACAGGACUCCCUAUCCCGCGUGGGAGUUGUUCGCCCCUGCUCAAACUCUGCCCAUACAUACCAAAAAUGCGGCCACCUCCGAACCAUACGUUUAAUAUGCCCUGUCCAUCAUGUCCCACAAUGUUUUAUCAUCCUACAUGGCGGGGAACUCGAAACUCGAAACUUGAAGAAGGAAGCCUCACGGCUAAAUGAUGUGUGACGAUUUUAUGUUUAAUGACUGUAUGAUUAUCUAUGAGAGUCUGGCUCAGCAAGGUGCAAUCUUUCGAAGCGCAGAUAAGUGUUGCGGACGACAUGUGUUUUUAAUGAUCAGCACAUCAUGAUGGUGUUUGUUUGAACCAUGGACGCUGGUUUACUCCUUUGUCGCACCAUGGAUGUCUAGACCUGCCACGGCUCGCGCCGUAAAAGCGGCAUGUUUGAGAAUACGAUUCGUAUUGGGUUUUGAUAUGGAAAACAUGGAUAAAGCAAAUCUGUUCAAUUCGAAGAUUUACUUUCCUUCUCUUCUUCUGU